AAGUACUGUUUGAAGGCCUUUGAUUGAUGAGUGGUUAGCUUAUUGCUUACAGUAGUUAACGUUAGCUAUUACAUGUCGUCAUUAUGAUAUCGUGACAUAUGUUUGAGUCAAAUUAUAACUAUUAUUAUAAUUUUACAAAAAAUGUCUGACACGCUUAAAAAUGUAGAGAAAUUGGGAGAAGUUUUCUUUCAGGUUCAAGACGAUUUGAGAAAACUCAGAUGUAGUCUCAAGAACAUCACUAUCGAUGAGGAGGGAAAAACACUGGACAUUCAAGCUCUGGAUACUGCCAUUCACAAGACAGAGAGUAGCAUCAGGAGGCAUGCAGAGGAUUAUCUGAAAACAGUGACCAAUGAGCUGCUGGUUCUUCCAGCAAUUGAAGACUUACAAAAAAAGAGGCAGAUUCCCAAAUGGAAACCAGCUCUGGAGAGUAUCCAAGAUGUGCGUCCACAAAGAGAAGACCUUCCAGGGGCUUCACCUGGGGAAAAGCACAAGUCAGCGUUAACCAUGCGUUUGCUGUUUAACCCUGCUCACCCAAACAACAGAGCCAUUAUGCACCAGAAAUUUGGGAUAUCACUCCCUGAUGUCCACACGAGGAGCACAAAUAAUGCAGCAAAACAUCACAGAAUGAUCACUCGCCCUGUGAAGAAUCUUCCGGCCAUUGAACCAAAGGGCCGUCAUAGCCUGGCAAUGCCUGAAGAAGACAUGGGGACAGAUACAAAUUUGCUUAGCAUGUCGAUCCAGCACAAGGCUGCCUCUCUUCACCCCAGAGAGGAUUCAUAUUCUUCUAAGACAGGUCUGAUAAGCUCGAAGUCCAGGUGUCACAAGCAGCUGAAAUGGGAAACAGAAACCAGAUCCAUUUGUGAAAGAACACCCCUCUGGACCACCAAGACACCGCCUCCCUCCACAACCUCCAAGAGCAUGGACCACAGUGGCAUGAUGCAAGGAACCAAUGGUCUUAGUCCUAAAAGCCCUCAGAAUCUACCUGUGCAAGUUCCAGUAAACAUCAGCAAAUAUCCCUUUACCAUCGUAAAGGGACGGAUAAACCCACUGGCGACAGAUUUCUGUCACUUCAAGCAGAGCUUCAGUUUUUGCUGGAGCAGUGUGGAGGAUGCUCUGGAGGCCCUUCAAAAGCUGCUGAGGGACUUUGCCGUGCCUCUAGCCAGAGUGAGCGGGGAACAGCUAGUGGAGUUUGGGCAUGGUUGGGAUAGUGUUUGGAGAAAGGCUCCUCCAGUGAUCGGCCUCCUCUCAGUGCUUGAAAACUGGGAGGAGGUAUCGGAUCUGGUUUUACGCCCAGGUCAGCGCUACAAGGGAGAGGGAGGCAUUGAGGCAGCUGCCAUCCACAUCCAGUCCUGCUGGAGGCGCUGCUUAGCCCGGACAGCCUACCUGCGCCACUGCCGGCGCAAGUGGGCGGCAGGUACCAUCACUAUCUCAUGGUUGAUGCGCACUCAGAUGCGCCGUGUCAGGAAGGCCCUUCAGGCCCGACGUUUCAGACAACUGGAGAAUUACCGCAGCAGAGCCCAGCAUCUGGCAGCCAACUGGAAACACAUCCAGUCCUCCAAGAGGACCAUUAUCCACAUCCCUUCAUUAGGAUACUCUCACAGCCAGGGAGUGAGCUUGAGGGGAUUUGACGUCCUACAGAACAUCCAAAUAGGCAGACUGUGUGAUAUUAGAGAUGAAAAUGUGGAGGUGAUCUACGUAUGUCCGAGGCACCUGGGGGACGACAUUUUGCACUAUUACACCAGCCUCCUCAAGUGUGAUGGAGCCACAGUGGAGGACGGUACCACUCAGGCCUCAUCCUCCUAUGUCAGACGCUUUAUCAUCGUCACACCGGAGGCUGUAGAUUAUUUCUCAACCCGUAACAUGUGCCUGUCCACGCUGCUAAAGUACAGUCCACGCACCCUGAAGCGCAUCAGGAACCUGAUCCAGGGGAAGCAGGCCUAUAUUGUGGGUGGAGUGGCGCAUGUGGAUGACCUGGCAGUGGCUGACGAGCUCGGAGUGCCAAUCCUGGCUCCAGAACCGGCUAUUGCACAGCUCUACAGCACCAAGUCGGGAGGGAGGAGGAUCUUCGCCGGGGCAGAGGUUGAUGUGCCGCCUGGUCAAGGAGACAUCUACUCGCUAAACCAGCUCCAUGAAACACUGGCUGAGCUCAUGACCCGAAACACUGAUGUGCAGCGCUGGCUCUUUAAGAUGGACUCUGAGCACGGUGGCCGUGGCACAGCAUACUGUGAUGUAUGCCAUCUUAGCUGCUAUAACUGGGCCCUACAGGAAUGCCAUCGUUACGGUCCUGAGCUAUGGAACACAGAGUGGAUUCAGAGGUCCAUACUGCUUAGAUAUUUAGAUGAAAUCCCAGAGUGGCUUGCCCGUUACGCCCGGCCUGCUAAAACCUCCUGCUAUCCCAACUGGGCCUGCUUCCUGAAGACCUUCCUCAGGCAAGGCGGUGUGGUGGAGGCCUACCCCCCUUCAGACAGUGUCACCUGUCUGACAGUGGAUCUGCUGCUGGAGCCCGGGGGUGAGGUGACCAUGCUGUCCUGUGGAGACCAGCUUCACGGCUCCUGUCAACUGGAAGCUAUAGGCUCCACUGUACCUCAGACCUCUGUACACCCAGAGACCUUGCAAUCCAUUUGCACGCAUGUGGGCCAGGCCUGUCUACAGCGCCUUAUUGUAGGUUAUGUCUCCGUGGACCUGGCAACCUUUCUGAACCGCAACACCAUGGAGCAAAAGGUGUGGGCUAUUGAUCUGGACCUCACAUACAGUGACCAGCUGGCCAUGACCCAGAUGCUUCUGAUGAUGACUGGAGGAACGCUGAAUUGCAGCACCGGCUGUUUAGAAGUGCCAGUGCCAGUCAGAGAGAAAUGCUGUGAACACCAGAUUGUAGCCAAACAUCCUGUGGUGAAGCGUUAUGCAGUUAUUGGGAGCCACUUGUUUCACUCUAACCUUUCCAUGUUAUACCAUAAUGUGUUCUUUAUGGUGUGCAAGGCUCAUGGUAUAGGAUUUAACAUGAAGAGGAAACAAGGAACUGUCUUUGCUGUUUACGACAGCAGUGAGCGAUGCAAUAUUGGAAUGAUAACGGUCUCAGAGGAUCUCCAGGGAGCUCUGGUGACCUUUGCUCGGAAUCUGUCAGUCAUCCAUCAGGAAAUAUCGCCCUCUAAAAUGCAAGGAGAAACCAAUUUUAAGGAUCUGAUCAAGGACAUAGAGGACGUGCUGCAGAUGACUGCUCAGAACAAGAUGCGAGCAGUGGAGGAUAAAGCCACUGCUUAGACAGCUGCUUCACCAAUAAACUCGCCCUACUCUCGCCAAGUUAAGUCAUCAUGUCUAUGCCAGCUUUAAUUUCUAAUCACACAAUGAACACAUGAACCUUGGAAAUGAAUCAGUGUUGAUCAAACACAGAAAUCUGAAUAAAUUCCUGUAAUAACAUUGUCAGAAUCUGUCAUGAUCCUUUAUAAUAAAUGGCUUCUUAAUCUGUUUUAACUGCAUGAAUAUUAUAACAUAUUGGAAAAUGACAACUAUUGAAGACAUACAGUAAACUAUGCACAAGGUAAUUCCACAUGGGAAUCAGUAGGCUUUAUGUAUGAAAUUAUUAAGUAUUCAUGCAUUCAAAUUACAUAAAGCUGUUUUAUUUUUUGUUGGAAACUACAGAUUGAACGUGUUUAAACUACAACAUGUAGUGUAUUUACACUACAUAGUAUCUUGACUUUGUGCCCACAAGUAUUUGUAGUGCUACAUAGAUGAGUAUACUGAGUACAUUGUUUAGUGAGAUGUUCCCUACUGGAUUGUCUCUGUAAACCUGUGUCCACAUGUUACGGUUGAUGAGAAAGUGACUGAUGUUGGCUGUAAGGUGAUGGCCAAAGGACUUUUUCUGUAAGUUAACAAUAUUUAUUAUUUUAUCACAGAAAUUUUAUAAAAUUAUGUGCUAACUUGCCAAUGUUGUAGGCUGUUCAUUACUAUUACUUAUUGUGAUUUGUGAAUUUGAUUUUUUUUUUUUAUUCCAUGUUUUACAUUUAAGUAGUGGUGCAAAUUAACCACUAAUGUCAAGAUUGCAGAUGGAUUAUUUGCAAUAAAUACACACAUUUGCAUCAGGGAUAUAUGCGUUUUUAUUUAUUUCAUCCAGGUAUCAGGUGGCAUAGUUUAGUUGAUCUGGAAGGCUAAAUGCAGCCUGGGUCUUCUCCUGCAUUACUACAUCCAGAGAAAGGGACACAACUUCAAAAGGCUUUUGUACAGGUAAUAAGUAAUGUCAUGUAUUGUUCUUCAUAGUCAUAUUGUUUUCAGGAGUUAGUUGUAAGUUGUAAACGUCUGUAAGGCUGUAAUUUGCUUUCAGAUUAGUUGAAUUUAUGAAUGUUGGCAUUCACACACAUUUUGCUGUGCUCUGUAUUCAGCUGGUUUGAAGAGAUCAAACAUAGCUGAUAUCUCACAAACCACCCAGAUUUCUACAUAUACAAUAUAUAUGUGUUUCUUUUUAUCUGAAAGCCCAUAAUAUGUACUGCUUGACUUUAUGUGGUUGCUUUAUGUCGCCCACAAUCUGUAUUACAUCUGGCUGUUCAGGAAAAAGUUUGGUGUAGCUGUGGCGUUUGUGGACUGCU